UAAAUUUCAGUUUCUAGAAAAUGUUGGUGUUCCUAAGAAGUGGGGGAUAUCUGAUAUUAUUUCUCUGGAUGAAGAGUUUUUGCACAUGAUUCCGAGUCCUUCUUUUGCUGUUUUGCUUUUGUUUCCAACAAGUCCAAAGUAUUAUGAAUAUUGUGAGAAAUUAGAGGAGCUUUCAAAAAAUGAAAAGCAAGAGGUAGAAAAAGAUGUAUUCUUUAUGAAGCAAACUGUAAGAAAUGCUUGUGGAACAGUAGCUUUAAUUCAUGCUGUAGCUAAUAGCAUGGAACAUCUAAAUUUGAGCCCUGAUUCACCUGUGCGAAAGUUUGUAGAAGAUACUAAAGAACAAGAUCCAGACCAAAGAGCAUUAAUCUUUUCGCAGAGUGAAGCAAUAAGUAGUGCUCAUGAAGCUAGUGCACAAGAAGGUCAAACUGAGGUAUGA